AUGAAAUUGGAAUCAAUUGCUGCCCUUGCUGGUAUUGUUUCCACUGCCCUUGCUGGUGUGUACCCUAAAAAUCCACCACCAGCAACUACGUAUUGGACAACAGUCUACGCUCCUUCAACUUCUGUCGUUACCGUCACUUCUUGCUCCAAAGGUGGAUGUGGCACUCAAUCCUAUGCUACUGGUGUCACUAAAACCAAAACUGUCCAUCAAGGUGUGACUACUGAAUUUACUACUUACUGUCCAUUGACUACAUCCCAUGAAGUUAUUAAAUCCACUUAUUCGGAUACACUUGUCGUUUGGUCGACCAGAUCCUUCUCUUGGGUUUGGUCAUUCUCAAAACCACCAGGAUGUGGCCAAAGCACUUCUACUAUUAAAUCCACUGCUCAAACCAAUGUCCCAACUACUGCUACUCCUACUGCUACUCCAUCCAUUGCUACUACUUGCACCACUGGAACCAAAACUAAAUGGUGGUGGUGGGUUGUACAAACUACUGAUUGCUCGGUUUACAGUGUUUCUUCUACAUCAUCUUCACUUAUUACUACCAGCCAAGCUACCACUACUAGCAGUAUUGCUUCUACUACUAUAACUAGUGCACCAGCAACACCAUCUGCGGUUACUACUUGCUCCACUGGAACCAAAACCAAAUGGUGGUGGUGGGUUGUGAAAACCACAGAUUGCUCGGUUUACACUGUUUCGUCAACAUCGUCUUCCCUUAUUUCUACUAGUCAAGCUACUACUACUAGCAGUAUUGCAUCAACUACUGGGUCUACUCCAGCUACCACACCAGGCACUAGCAUCAAGAGUACCCCAACUACUGCUCCAGGUACCAGUACUAAGAGUACUCCAGCUACCACUCCAGGUACCAACACCAAAUCAACCCCAGCUACCACACCUGGAUCAUCUGUUACUACUGGUAAAACAAGUACUGAUUGGAUCACUUCAUAUACCACCCACACUGCUGAGACUACAACUGUCAUUACUGUUACUGACUGUAAUCACCGCACUUGUACACCAACUGUUGUUACUACUGGUGUCACCGUUGUUACAGUUACUACUACAGGUACAGUCACUCAAUACACUACUUUCUGUCCAUUAACUUCUACUGAAACCGUUGUGACAAGUACUAAACCUACUCCAACUACCACACCAAAGUCAUCAACUAGUAUUGCAUCAACUCCGGCUACUACUCCAACAACCAGUUCCAAGUCUACUCCAGGCACUAGCACCAAAUCUACUCCAACUACUGCUCCAGGCACUAGCACCAAGAGUACCCCAACUACUGCUCCAGGAACCAGUACUAAAUCAACUCCAACUACUGCUCCAGGAACCAGCACCAAAUCUACUCCAACUACUGCUCCAGGCACUAGCACCAAGAGUACCCCAACUACUGCUCCAGGAACAAGUACUAAGAGUACCCCAACUACCGCUCCAGGUACCAGUACUAAAUCUACCCCAACUACUGCCCCAGGAACAAGUACUAAGAGUACCCCAACUACUGCUCCAGGAACAAGUACUAAAUCUACCCCAACUACUGCUCCAGGAACCAGUACUAAAUCAACUCCAACUACUGCUCCAGGAACAAGUACUAAAUCUACCCCAACUACUGCCCCAGGCACUAGCACCAAGAGUACCCCAACUACUGCUCCAGGUACCAGUACUAAAUCUACCCCAACUACUGCCCCAGGAACAAGUACUAAGAGUACCCCAACUACCGCUCCAGGAUCUUCAACUAGUAUUGCAUCAACUCCAGCUACCACACCUGGAUCAUCUGUUACUACUGGUAAAACAAGUACCGACUGGAUUACGUCAUUUACAACUCACACUGCUGAGACUACAACUGUCAUUACUGUUACUGACUGUAAUCACCGCACUUGUACACCAACUGUUGUUACUACUGGUGUCACCGUUGUUACAGUUACUACUACAGGUACAGUCACUCAAUACACUACUUUCUGUCCAUUGACUUCAACUGAAACUAUUGUUACUAGUGAAUCAACUCCAGCUACUACCCCAGGUUCUAGUUCUGCUACCACACCAGGAACUAGCUCUGCUACCACACCAGGUUCUAGUUCUGCUACUACUCCAGGAUCCAGCUCUGCUACCACACCAGGUACUAGCUCUGCUACCACACCAGGUUCUAGUUCUGCUACUACUCCAGGAUCCAGCUCUGCUACCACACCAGGUACUAGCUCUGCUACUACCCCAGGUUCUAGUUCUGCCUCCACACCAGGUUCUAGUUCUGCUACUACACCAGGUUCUAGCUCUGCUACUACACCAGGUUCUAGUUCUGCCUCCACACCAGGUACUAGUUCUGCUACUACACCAGGAUCCAGCUCUGCUACCACACCAGGUUCUAGUUCUGCUACUACUCCAGGAUCCAGCUCUGCUACUACCCCAGGUUCUAGUUCUGCCUCCACACCAGGAUCCAGCUCUGCUACUACCCCAGGUUCUAGUUCUGCCUCCACACCAGGUUCUAGUUCUGCUACUACCCAAGGAUCCAGCUCUGCUACAACCCCAGGUUCUAGUUCUGCUACUACCCCAGGUUCUAGUUCUGCCUCCACACCAGGUUCUAGUUCUGCUACUACCCCAGGUUCUAGUUCUGCCUCCACACCAGGUUCUAGUUCUGCUACUACACCAGGUUCUAGCUCUGCUACUACACCAGGUUCUAGUUCUGCCUCCACACCAGGUUCUAGCUCUGCCACUACCCCAGGAUCCAGCUCUGCUACUACCCCAGGUUCUAGUUCUGCUACCACACCAGGUACUAGCUCUGCUACCACACCAGAAUCAUCUAGCAUUGAGUCUACUCCAGCUACUACACCAACUGGUCCAGCUACCACUUCAGUUCCAGAACAAUCUACUGUCACCAUAACUGGUCCAGGCUUUACUACUGUUUUCACAUUAACACCAGGUACUAAUACUAUCACUACACCAACUGGCCCAGCUACCACUUCAGGAUCCACACCAGGUUCUAGUUCUGCCUCCACACCAGGUUCUAGUUCUGCUACUACACCAGGUUCCAGCUCUGCUACUACACCAGGUACUAGCUCUGCUACUACACCAGGUUCUAGUUCUGCCUCCACACCAGGUUCUAGUUCUGCUACUACCCCAGGUUCUAGUUCUGCCUCCACACCAGGUUCUAGUUCUGCUACUACACCAGGUUCUAGCUCUGCUACUACACCAGGUUCUAGUUCUGCCUCCACACCAGGUUCUAGUUCUGCCUCCACACCAGGUUCUAGUUCUGCUACUACCCAAGGAUCCAGCUCUGCUACAACCCCAGGUUCUAGUUCUGCUACUACCCCAGGAUCCAGCUCUGCUACUACCCCAGGUUCUAGUUCUGCCUCCACACCAGGUUCUAGCUCUGCCACUACCCCAGGAUCCAGCUCUGCUACUACCCCAGGUUCUAGUUCUGCCUCCACACCAGGUACUAGCUCUGCUACUACCCCAGGAUCCAGCUCUGCUACCACACCAGAAUCAUCUUCCAGUAUUGCAUCUACCCCAGGUACUACUCCAGGUUCUAGUUCAGCUGCUACUACUCCAGGUACAAGCACAGGAUCAUGCUGGACUUCUGUUUCUACUGGAGGAUAUGGUGAUAAAACUACAGUGACUAUUUGUUCUGAUGUUACUUCUGGACAAAGUGUGACCACUCCAACUACUAUUUCAGUUCCAUCUUCAUACUGCACCACUGUUCCUACUGCUGGUACUGAUGAAACAAUUAUAACUUCGUUUGUCACUUCAACUGCACAUUCAACUGAAGUUAUUACUGUUACUAGCUGUGCUGAAACUGGAUGCGAGACUCACACUACACAUACUGGUGUUGUCGUUGUCACAGUGACCACCACCGAUGUGGCUACCACUUACACAACCUACUGUCCAUUGACUACAACUAAGGCUGUUUACCAUGUUGCUAAACUUGCAAACUACAAGAGAGAUCAAACUGAAAUUGUUGCUACUGAAACCAACGAGAACACCAGCAACUGGCCAGCACCAACUUUAGUUCCAUCUGUUGGCAUUUCUAACAACAGUUCCUCAGGUGUCAGCACUUUUGAAGGUGCAGCUAACUCAGUUGUUCCAAGAUUAGGUCUCAUUGCUGGUUUCUUCAGCGCAUUGUUAUUCUUGUUUUAA